UUUGCAGAGCGGCGCGUGGCUGCGCGUCAAGCGGGUUCUCGGUGCGCGCUCUCCCGCAGUGACAUGGCGUAAAGACGGCGGCGUGCGCGCGCGUACGUCCUCCUCCCAGCGCCAUGGACGCAACCGUCACGACCACCACCACCACGACGACGACGACGACGAUGAUGAUGAUGAUGAUGAUGAUGAUGAUGGCCGCGGCGGCGGCGGCGUCCGGACAGGAAGACGCCGCCGCCGCCGCCGCGUUGGAGGACCUGGCCACGGAGAAGGAAGCCGAGGAGAGCCACCGGCAGGACAGCGUCAACCUGCUGACCUUCAUCCUGCUGCUCACCCUCACCAUCCUCACCAUAUGGCUCUUCAAGCACCGGCGCGUGCGCUUCCUGCACGAAACCGGCCUGGCCAUGAUUUACGGUCUGCUGGUGGGCGUCAUCCUGCGCUACGGCAUCCCCGCCGCCAGCUACCGCAACGGGAGCCCGCCCAGCUGCGCGCUGGCCGCGGGGCCCGCCGGCGGCAGCCUGCUGCUCAACGUCAGCGGCAAGUUCUUCGAGUACACGCUCAAGGGCGAGAUCGACUCCCGCGACAUUCACAACGUGGAGCAGAACGACAUGCUGCGCAAGGUCACCUUUGACCCGGAAGUCUUCUUCAACAUCUUGCUGCCUCCCAUCAUUUUCCACGCCGGCUACAGCUUGAAGAAGAAACAUUUCUUCAGGAAUUUGGGUUCCAUUCUCACCUACGCGUUCCUCGGCACCGCCGUCUCGUGUUUCGUAAUUGGGAACUUGAUGUACGGCGUGGUCAAACUGAUGCAAGCGGUCGGGCGGCUGAGCGACAAGUUCUACUACACCGACUGCCUUUUCUUCGGCGCCGUCAUCUCCGCCACCGACCCAGUGACGGUGUUGGCCAUCUUCAACGAGCUGCACGCGGACGGCGACUUGUACGCGCUGCUGUUCGGCGAGAGCGUCAUGAACGACGCCGUGGCCAUCGUGCUGUCCUCGUCCAUCGUGGCCUACCAGCCGCGAGGCGCCAACACGCACACGUUCGACGCCUCGGCCUUCUUCAAGUCCGUCGGGGUUUUCCUGGGAAUCUUCAGCGGUUCCUUCACGAUGGGCGCCGCCACCGGCGUGGUCACCGCUCUCGUGACCAAGCUGACCAAGCUGCACUGCUUCCCCCUACUGGAGACGGCCCUCUUCUUCCUCAUGUCCUGGAGCACCUUCCUGCUGGCCGAGGCCUGCGGAUUCACGGGUGUCGUGUCGGUGCUUUUCUGCGGCAUAACGCAGGCGCACUACACCUACAACAACCUUUCCGUGGAGUCCACCAAGCGCACCAAGCAGCUCUUCGAGUCGCUUCACUUCCUGGCCGAGAACUUCAUCUUCUCCUACAUGGGCUUGGCUCUGUUCACCUUCCAGAAUCACAUCUUCAGCCCCAUCUUCAUCGCGGGUGCUUUUGUCGCAAUCUUCCUGGGACGAGCGUUUAACAUCUACCCGCUGUCCUUCCUGCUCAACCUGGGUCGCAGACACAAGAUCAAAGGGAACUUCCAGCACAUGAUGAUGUUUGCCGGACUGCGGGGGGCGAUGGCGUUCGCCCUGGCCAUCCGCGACACGGCCACGUACGCCCGCCAGAUGAUCUUCACCACCACGCUGCUCAUCGUCUUCUUCACCGUCUGGGUCUUCGGAGGCGGGACCACGCCCAUGUUGUCCUGGCUGCAAAUCAGGGUGGGAGUGGACCCGGAUGACGACCCGCAGCCUUCUGCGGGCACCUUCCACGUGCUACAAGGGGACGCCCCCGAGGCUGAAGGGCAGAGCAAAAGCAAACGAGAGAGCGCUUGGCUCUUCCGGGUGUGGGACACCUUCGAUUACAACUACCUGAAGCCCAUCCUGACGCACAGCGGCCCCCCGCUGGCCUCCACGCUGCCCGGCCCCUGCGCCCCCCUGGCCAGCUGCCUGACCAGCCCUCGCGCCUACCAGUACCAGGAGCAGCUGAGGGAGCCGGACCACGACGACAGCGACCUGUCCUUCACGUUCGGCGACGUGGCGGUCGCCGCCAACGGGCUGUCGGGCGGCGGCGGCGGCAAAGGCCGCGCAGGCAGCAGCGCGUCCGAGGAGGUUCUGGAGCGCCAGCUGGACUCCCAAGAACAGGAGACGCUGAGUCGAGGCACGCGCUUGGUUUUCCCCAUCGAGGAUCACAUUUGAGACUUCCUUGGUACCUUUUUUUUUUCUUUUCUUUUUUUGUCCGAUGGGGCCAAAUUUAAGCCAAUUAUCCAGCAGAUGAAAUAGUAUUAUCUACAUUGCCAAGGAGCGUCUGUGUUUUUGAUUUUCUUAUUUUAAUUUUUAUCUUUUUUUGUAACUUCCUGGGUCGCUCAAGUGGUUCAAGGGGGUCAAGUUUGACUUGACAUAAGUUUUUCAUUUAUCAAUUUCAAAUUAUUGACCUUUUAUUACCUUAGCCAAGGAGCGACUACCAGCAGUAGCAUUACAGAUAUUUUUUUUCGUUUGUUUUUAACUCCCUGGAUAUGAUUUUUUUUUUUUUUUUUGUCUAAGUAGGCCAAAUACUGUAUAACUUGAAAUGGGUCCAUAAUUCAGCACCUUCAAGGAUUAUUAUUGACACUGAUUACCUCCGCCAAGGAGAUUCUGCCCCCCCCCCCCCCACAUGAUCCUGGAUCCUUCAUGUGAAUGGAACGGGGGCUAAAUAUGACUUAAGUUUGUGAUUUAGCAACUUCAACAAUUUUUUUUUUUUGGGGGGGGGGGUGUUGUUGGUUAUUUGCCAAUUCCUGCAUAUUGUUUUACUCCAAUAUGGCCAAAUGUGACAUCACUUUGUGAUAAUUUAGCAAAUGAAAGGUGAUUAGCGUUUCUUGCUGCCAUCAAAGAGCUUUUAUUUUCAUCAGUGUUAGAAUCUUUUUUUUUUUUUCAUUUUCCUGAACACCUUUCUGUUGUCUGACGUGGCCAAAUAUGACGACAUUUGUCUGUAAUUUAUACGUAAUGCCUCCACCAAGGAAAUUGUUUUCAUCAAUUUUUGCAUUUUUUAAAAUUUUUUUUAUUUAGUUAAUCAUAUCGGGAUCGGCACGGUGGUGCAGCUGGUAAAGCGUUGGCCUCACGGUUCUGAGGUUCAAUCCCGGAUCCGGCUGUGUGGCGUUUGCAUGUUCUCCCCGUGCCUGCGUGGGUUUUCUCCGGGCGUUCCGGUUUCCUCCCACACCCCAAAAACAUGCAACAUUAAUUGGACACUCUAAAUUGCCCCUAGGUGAGAUUGUGAGUGCGGCUGUUGUCUGUCUCUAUGUGCCCUGCGAUUGGCUGGCGACCAGUCCAGGGUGUACCCCGCCUCCUGCCCGUUGACAGCUGGGAUAGGCUCCAGCACUCCCUGCGGCCCUUGUGAGGAUAAGCGGCGAAGGGCAAAAGCGUGGAAACCAUUUCACGAAGCAAAUAUUCAAAUGUGGGUCGUAAAAAGCGGGUCAGAGGUUCUGAUAGGGAUUAGCGUUGUGUUUCGCUGUCUGGCCGGGGGUUGUUUUGCAUGCGGACGGCACAAGGGAAGGGGGCGGGGCCCCCAGACGGAGCCGUGGGCGCACCACCACCACCAGCUGCGGCGGCGUCCACAGAACCGGCGUAAAUAUGGAAAAGCACCACAAUGAUCCGCUUUGUUACGUCCCAUGACCGUUUUUUCUAACAAUAGCAGCUGUGUCGCCGCUUUUCCAGCCUCAGGUCGGGUCGCCGACAAGCUUGCAAAACUCCGAGGCGUGCGUUACGUCUUUUCCCCUUUUAAAAUCCAGUGCGAUAUAUCCAAAAUUUUCAUCAAAAUCACAUUUGCGGGGGCAUAAAAAAAAAUGGGGUCAAAACCACACAAAUGUGAAAGCGCUUCAGCCAAUGGGAAGCCAGAAAAACGGCAUUUUUCCGGAAAACAGGAAACAGGGCAUCGAUUUCGUGACUUAGGUUAGGAGUCAUGUGACCUGUGUACGAUAUGUACAGCAGAGGUAAAACACGGCGUGAUGACGUACUUCGCACUGAUGGUGUAGUGAUACACACGCCUACCUUUGGCGCGGGAAGCGUAGGAUCGAUUCCGGCUCAGUGGUGGUGUCAAUAUCUGCCCUGCGACUGACUGGCGACCGGUUCAGGGUGUCGUCCGCCUUUCGCCCGAUGCUAGCUGGGAUAGGCUCCAGUUUUCCCGCAACCCUUGUGUGGAUAAGCAGCUUGGGUAAUAACAUGACAUGACAACGUACUUCGAAGUGAAAAACAGUAUCUGCCUGGUAAAGCGCGAUCGGUGUGUCGUAUCGUUAUUUUUCGCUGAUGUGAGUGCAAGUUGGGCGGCACGGUGGAUCGGCUGUAAACCGUUGGCCUCACACUUCUGAGGUCCCGGGUUCAAUCCCAGACCCGCUUGUGUGAGUCUUCUCCGGGUGGGCACUACAUUUUCUUCCCACGUCCCAAAAACAUGCAACAUCAAUGGGAUACUCUAAAUUGCUCCUAGGUGUGAUUGUGAGUGUUUGUCUCGAUGUGCCCUCCGAUUGGCUGGCGACCAGUUGUUCAGAUCGGCUCCAGCACUCCCCACGACCCUUGUGAGGAUAUGUGACAAAGAAAAUGGAUGGAUGGAUGAGUGCAAGUUCAGUACGAGCACCGAUACUGAUACCGGUACCAGUCCAUCCCUUGAGAGUAAACAAAAUGGAAAAAUAAAGGCAAAUAAUUUUGAAAUUA